CGAAGGGAUCUUUCGGUUUUGUUUGGCUUGACCAUCGGCUAAAAUCAGUGCUCCUGCCGUGCUCCUGUUGAAUGUCAGUGCAGGCCAUUCACGUUAGGUAAUUGUUUUCUUUAUUUUUAUGGCAAACAUUCAGUAGAAGAGUCCUCGGAACCUUUCGUUUCAUACGUUGAGGACCGGGCAGAAUGUCUCUUAAGUUUAGUGUUCUGUUGGCAGAAUGUCUCUUAAGUUUACUGAUGGUUAGGAACUGGGCUAGGAAUGUCCUAAAUAAACAAAAAAUGGCGAAGCAAACACAGUUCUAGAGAAAUUUGACUGAGUAAACGUUGUUCACUAUCGCACAUGUCAUCGGCUUCCUCCUGGGUUAGGACCAGGGGGAUUGUAAGUUGACAAUUUCCCCCAGGGGUGAGGGAAAUUAACAAGGCAAAGUGCCCCGGGUCAAGUGCUUCUCAAUGAAAAAUCCCCGUGAUACCCACCUCAAAAAAGCUGGGCUUCACUUGAUUGAUUCACUUGAAUUUUAAUGAUACUUGUAGUCUGCUUAGCUUGCAGAAUUUGUUGUGUACGACUGUUAACAAGGACCACAAAAGCAUCUGUGAAAUGAAUUUAGCUAUAAAGUAAGCCGCAAGGAGAAUGGGGAAAAUUCCUCGUCGCUUCGCCACAAACUUGGGCAAUGUAAUCCUUCCAGCUAUACGCUUUCUUCAUUAGGAACAAGAACAGUAGCAUUUACAAUUACAAGAUACCCAGACUAUAGAUCAAAGCAAUGCGCAUGCCCACAAAAUUUACUAUAUGUUAGGCACCUUUUCUUGCUUAUUUUUCUGCAGUUUGUUAUGAGAGAUGACUAGUUUUAACAAAGGAUGAGAAGAAUGCCCUACAAAUAGAAGCGGAAUAUAGUGAUAGAAAUUGCAAUUUUUUGUAGCCGUAGUCACUGUUCUAUAUACAUCUCCUUUAUGGCACGGUAUGCACUAGUUCAUUCCCAGUCAUCAAGAAAGACAUCUGGUCUCUUGCAAAUGGGUAGUUUACCUUCCCAAUAUUUAUGGAAUGGGCAAAGAGAUAAAUCACUGUGGGAUCCCUGUGAACUUUGCCGUUUGCGAUUUUGCAAAAUUUUGAAUUCCCCCACCCCUUUUCUUUGAACCUAAAACAAUAACAAUGAAGUGAAUUUUCCCCUUCCCAGGGGAAGACAAUCCAAUCCAUCUCAUUAUAUUCCCUCAUAAAUUCCCCUGGUUGGCCCUGGGUCCUACCCCUGAGGGAAGCCAAUGACAUGUGCAUUAUGGGAGGUGGUCAUUUUCUCGAAUCAAACCACAGGGAGUCUUUUGCAAGGUGAGGUGCUUGACACAUCUACUUUUAGGGCUUCUUCACAUGAGCCCUUGACUUGGCUGACCUGGCUACCAGGACCAAUAAUUUCACCUUGGGUUGAUAUGAGAAAUUUUAGCCCGGUUUCUGAGAUGAGAUAAGGCUGAAGAUCCUGCGGAUGAGUUCUGGUGCGAAAUUUAAGAAAAAAAGCAAACGUGGUGAAACACAAAGUUAUAACUUUUGCUUCUAUCAUAGCUUUGGCAACUUUUAUAGCUGUGUAUUACUGCAGUUAACAUCGGAUGCUUAUGAUGUGGAAAAUACAGCCGGCAAAGCAAAAUGAUGCCAUCCGGGCAUGCUCAGUGCCCCACUUUCAUCCCGGAAACUGGACUGAAGUGUUUACAUGGCCCGCCUCCCAAGAUCCUGGUUGGAAAAUCUGAGAUCUCAGAAAAAUUUGUAAAAAAUUUUACAAAGGAUUUAAAGGUAAGGUGAGAUCUCGGAAACUGGGCAUGCCCAGUCAACCAGUCUCAUGUGAAGAGGCCCUUACAAGCUAAGUCUUUGGAAGUAGAAUUUAUUACACACAGGUUCAAAUUUAUGAUACUUGUAGUUCCAUGUUGUCACUAAGAAAUCUUUGUAUAUUCUGAGUAGCAUUAAGUUCCUGUAGUACAUAAAGUGUUUUGCUUUCAAAUUCAUCCAAACUUCCCCUGCACCCUGGGCCAACAGCUAGUUCAUACAUGUAGUUUGCACAAAUCCCUUUCUGGGGCUGUGCUCACCUGGCAUGCUCCCCCUUAGGCAUAUUCUAGCUAUUUAGUAAUUAGCAAUUAUUGAAUGAGGCUGAGUAUCAUCUGAAGAAUGUGGAUAACACCCUCUGAGAUCUCCAUGAUUAUUCUUCAGAUGAAACGAAAGCCGAAUUGAAUAAUUGUUAAGUUUUUGGUUAUUCAUUCAAAACAAUCCCUAGUUUAAAACAAGCUAAAACAUGCUUACUUCCAUCAAUGUUAAGUUCAUCUUUGAUAGUGCAUGUUUAGCGGCAAGUUUAGGAGAUAAAGGCUUGGUCAGUUCUGCAAAAAAUAUUCUCCAAAUAGCAGAUGUUGUCUGUUGAGUUGUCUUCUUGCUGAAAUGUUGCUAUGUUUUUAGCCAAUAGUUCACCUAUUUCUUCUCCUGAAAUGAGAGAAAUGAUCUGCCAUUUUGAAUUCAUUACCAAAACAACCCAACCUCGUCU